CGGGACGGGCGGGGCUGUCGGACCGCGCGCUGAUUGGUGGGCGCUCCGGAAGGGGCGGUGCCGGCGGGGAGCUGCCGGGGCGCCAUGGCCACAGCGACGGACCAGCUGGUUGGGUUCGGCUUGGUCGCCUUCAGCCUCGUCCUGUUUGUUUACUACACCCUCUGGAUCAUCGUGCUGCCCUUCAUUGACAGCAACCAUGGGAUCCACCAGUACUUCCUGCCCCGGGAAUACGCAGUUAUCAUCCCCGUGGUGGCUGGGCUGCUGCUGGUGCUACUUAUAGGUGUUUUUAUAAUGAUCGUGAUGUGGAAGAGCAGGAAACCUGCCAAGAAAUCGGACUGAAGGCCCGGCUGAGAUGAGGAGAAGGUGCCCACCCUGUGGCAUCGUAGCCAGGAAAAGACUUUUCCUGCAGCUCUGGGCAGACGCCUCCUCCAGGGCACCCAAGCUGCUCCCACGUUCCUUCCAGCAGAGACUAAACCACCUGUAGUUUACAACUUACCGACCAAAGGGAAGCAGGACUCAUCCAAAGCUCAUCAAGAGAGGGACCAGAGCCCUGCUGAGGGACCUGCUCCACAGCUGGGGCUGCCCUGCCCGGCCUCUGGACACUCCUUCCCCUCUGCUCUGGCCCUGCCCAGUAGUUUGUUCCUUCUCGGAUUUUUUAAACGUUUACAUACAGUUCGUGGGGGUUUUUGGAUUCAAAUUUGAGAGGAAAGAAAUGAGACUUUGGGCUUGAGAAGGACAGGUUUGCAUUCUUCAUUUGCUUCUGGCAGGGCUAAUCAUGGUGCUGGGGGCUCUUGCCUUUCAGAAGAGGGGCCCCCGUGAGGCUGGGUGUGCAGAGGAUGCAGGGACAGCGCUGCCCUGUGCAUAUCCCCCCCUGCAGUCACCUGGCUGAGAGGGUGCCAAGGAGAUGUCCUGGAUCACAGGGAAUUGUUUGGGUGUAGUUCCUAUCACAGCUGUCAGUGCUGGCUGGGUUCCUGCCCUGAACAAGGCUCCACGUGGGGAUGGGGAUGAGCAGGCAGGUAUGGUGGCACCAUCCUUCCCCUUUGUGAUUUCCUCCCCUGGCAGCUCCCCUGGACCACAGCCAGCAGGAUCACCCUCAAUAAAGGUCUGCAAGGUCUUA